AAUGAGAUGCCACAACACACAAAAGUCACACACACUCAUCAAAUAUAUGAACACAACCACAUAUGCUAAAUUCACUUUAAUUUCCUAAUGGAAACCCAACAAAGUUUACUCCUUAUUUUCUUGGUUUUUUUGUUUGUUGAAUCCAUCUAUGGUUCUGGCCAUGAUGAGUGCAGUCCAACCUUCUGUAGCCUCACCGGACCGCAAAUCCGGUUCCCUUUUCGGCUCCGGGGCCGACAACCUUCUCACUGUGGAUUCCCUGGCUUUGAUCUUUCUUGUAACAAAAAAAAUCAAACACUUUUCACUCUUCCAUCCAAUCAUUCUUUAGUUGUCAAUCAUAUUUCCUAUGCUUCCCAGGUGAUCAGUAUUGAUCCGGACUUCUGCAGGAUUGAAAGGAUCAGGGACAUAACAUUAGCUGGGACCCCAUUUGAUUUCAGUAUAGAAGAUAGAUACACUUUUGUCAACUGUUCGUCUCAAGUUAGUGAGUUCAGUUUCCAGACAAUGCCACUUUGGUUUCCUUGUUUAGGAAGUGUGAAUCAUUCAGUGUUUGCUGUGCGAACCGAUUGGAUUCCUAUUGGUGAUAUACCCGAGAGUUGUGAGAAUAUAAAGACGGUUUCAGUUCCAGUUAGGAGAUUUGAUGAUAUUAGGAGGCAGUUGACUCUGAUGUGGUUUAGACCGUAUUGUAGACCGUGUGAACUUGAUGGUACAACUUGUGGAUUGAAGAAUGAUGAUGGCGAGACUGCUUGUUUUGGUUCUUCUUCUGAUGGUAUUCCAAGGGGUACCAAGUAUGGUCUAAGCAUAGGUAUCGGUGUACCUGCACUUGUAUGCAUCAUUGGGAUCAUAUGCUACAUUUCUGGCAGAGCGAGGAACUACAAUCACCGUCAGCGCCAAAGCAUUGACCUGUUCUCUAUAGCAAUUACCCCACAGCCACCAACAACAACCGGCCUAGAUGGUCCCACAAUCGCGUCCUAUCCAAAAACCGUGUUGGGAGAGAGUUGUAGAUUGGCCAAAGAUGAUGGCACUUGCCCUAUAUGCCUUUCAGACUACAAACCUAAAGAGGAAGUUAGGACCAUCCCGGAAUGUAAUCACUAUUUUCAUGCAGAAUGUAUAGACGAGUGGCUCAAGUUAAAUGCAACUUGUCCAAUAUGCAGAAACUCACCUGAAACUUCGUCGUUGGUUACACCUUGCUCUUCAAUGUCAUCAAAUUCCUCAAACACAACUACUCAAUCAUAAAAUUUUGAUUCGUCGUUUGUGUAUAUUUUAAUGUAUUACAACAAGAGUUUUAACAUUGUAGGAUGUAGAGGAAUCGCCAUACACGCUCCAUGGGAUACGAUAGGAAUUGAUAGCUAUUUGAGAUUUGUAUCACUUGUAUGUAUAAUAAAUUUACACACAGAACAUCAUUGAGUAUGCAUAUAUGGGUAAACUCAUGGUUUACUUAUGAUGUUAGACCUUAUAAAGUCAUUUUUUAAUCAAAGUUUACAAAUGAUGAAUGGAUAUAUUAUCUACA